AUGAAACCUGUUUCAUUAAUUCCAACUCGAGAAAAUAUUGAUUCAAUUGUUGGCCAUCGUGAGAACAAUGGCCAUAUUCAAUAUCUCGUACGUUGGAAGAGUAAUAUUACUGCAUUUCAGUAUUCUUGGUUAUCUAUCAGCGCGUUUAGAGAUAAAAAUAUCAUCAUUGAAUACAUUAAUUCGAUUCUUAUCAAAACAUCACCUCCUGAACACGAAAUUGUAAUUCUUGGAAUGAAAAUCCAAGAUGAAGAAGAGCUAAUUAAAUUCUAUCAUAAAAAAUCAAAAGAAACGUUUGAAUACACUGAAGAAGAAGUGCGAACUCGCUAUCCACAAGAAGUAUUAUAUUAUUACGAAAAACAUGCAAAAUUCUGUGACGAAGAAAGCAAUGCAUAG